CUGGAUGUUGAUAGUGAUAUUUGGCAGGAUGUUGGAAUUGAGGAGGGUUACCCUGAUCCCCUUGGUUGGCUUGCUGAUGAGGGUGUGUGCAAGGGAAUAAGACUUACAGUUGAUUGUUGCAAUGAAGAAGAAAGAAGGUUGUCAAGAGAGCAGACCAUUUUACAGGAGUGGUUUUCUGUGGAGUGGCGAAGUGUAGAGGCUGCUCAGAACAAUGCUGUUUGUCACUUUCUAGAUGCAUGUUACAAGUAUCAUGUGCAAGCACAAAAGGAUAGCCUGGUGGAAACAUAUACUAAAUGGGAAGCCAAGGUUCAACAUAUACCACACGCUUGGCCUCCAUCAAGGCCAUGGGGACCCACAGCAGAGGACAUAGCA